AUGCGGAUUGGUUUAUUUGUGCGCCUUGCUCAUUGGCUGAACCUCGGCGUUGCUGCUACCACCACAUGUCCCGGAUUGGUGGCUUCUAUCCCAUUCGCCCUUGCCUCGCCAACAUGGCCCAUUCUGCAGACCAUGUCACUCGUGUCUGUGUCCAGCGUGUUGGAUGAGAGUUUCGAUAUUGUCAUAUUUAUCAAUGAUGCCAUAAAUGAACUCGGGGGCAGCUUCGCGUCAAUCGAAAAUGCCCUUACCGAUUAUGAGAGGGUAUUCUCGCCAACGGGGAAGCUAGAUGGCGACGUCGAUGACAGCAGGAACAUCUACGAUGCGGCAGUUGCAGGUGUGAAGAAAGCCGUCGCAAUCGGUUGCAAACAGCCCCUUCUGGUACUGGGUCCCAUCGCUUCCGCACCCGAAGAUGCUGCCUGGACUGAGGGCGAAUUUCCCCUGUUGAAUGCCGUCCUCGGAGCACUUCAUGCUCUUUACCAGCCCCUGGAGAUUCGUGAGGCUUUUCCUCACAAACAGACUAAGUACACGAGACUGGGCGUCUUUGGAGCCUCUGAGAGCCUGUUAAAGGUUGCCUCGGCUAUCGAAGAGGGUCGACGGGUCGCUCGCGACAUCGGUGGCUCCGAUCCUGAGCGGAUGGCGGCUCCGCGCAUUGCAGAUUACCUGCAAGAGGAAUUCCACAACUGUCCCAAUGUUGCCAUCAGUAUAACCGAGGUCGAUCCUCACGCCUAUCCCCUAAUGGCUGCUGUCGAUAGGGCGACGUCUGCCUCAUCUACACCGGACGUUAGGAGGCCCUCUGCCUACAAAAAUUUACGUUUUGUUCAACCGCGCGGGACCUUUGAUUCUGACAGUGCGUGUCGGCACUUCUUAUGCUGCUGUCGUCCCCUCCCCUCUCCCUCCCCCGAUUUCCCAAUUUGGCCAGAGGAUGAGUCUCAUCCAACAGCGAAGUUGUCCUAUUCGCUCCGUGGCAAGUGGUCUCGGGGCCUUACCGAUUGGCAGUGA